CGAAAUUAAACUCCGCCAAGAAAUACAAUCCCAUUUUAGCGAGGCCAUCACGAGAAUCUAUCCCGAAGCUCCUCGACGACGCUCCCGCAAGCUCUUGAUUGUCCCCCUCCCAAUUGAACCACCCCCUCCACACACGCCAUCAUGAACUCCUUCCGCAUUGCCCGCGCGGCCCUGCGCGUUCGCGCCCCUGCCAUGAAGGCUCCUGUCCAGCGCAGAGGAUAUGCUGAGGCUGUCUCGGAUAAGAUCAAGCUGAGCUUGAACCUUCCUCACCAGAAGGUCUACACCUCCCACGACGUCGUCCAGGUCAACAUCGCCGCCGAGUCUGGAGAGAUGGGUCUCCUCGCCAACCACGUCCCUUCGAUCGAGCAGCUCAAGCCUGGAUUGAUCGAGGUCAUUGAGGAGAGCGCUGGCAGCAAGCAGUUUUUCCUGUCCGGUGGCUUCGCCGUCAUGAACCCCAACUCCGUCCUCAGCAUCAACGCCGUCGAGGGUUUCCCCCUUGAGGACUUCAGCAUCGAGGCUGUGCGCUCGCAGCUCACCGAGGCGCAGAAGGUGGCUAGCGGCAACGGCAGCGCGACGGAGAUCGCUGAGGCCAACAUCGAGAUUGAGGUUCUGGAGAGUCUGCAGGCUGCGCUCAAGUAAUCCUUCGGAUUGCUUGAGAUUGUUAUAGAGGGCUUUUAGAGAUGGUAAAGUUGUAUUAAAAACCGUACCGUGUAUAUCCAAAGAAUGUUCGAGAU